UCUUCAUGAUAUAAUUAUGUGGUUACUGCCUACUGCUAGUAAGAGAAAUAUACGGUGACAGUCGUUGAAUCAGUGGUGGCUAUUUGUUUUAUAAUACCGCUUAAGUUAAUUUUCUUUCUAUUCUCUUUUGAGAACCUAAUUUCCAAGUUAUUAUUGGUUUAUGUUGCGAAUUGCAUAAUAUAUGCAGUUGCAUAUUCAAUGAAAUCAAAUCACGUGUGUUGAUAAGUUCAUUGAAGUCAUAAUCACAAUGAUAUUCAUCCCAGACAAAAAGGUCAUAUCUGUAGGUAAUCUUUUAAAUGAUCAAACUCGACCUCUGAAGGAGAGGUUCCGUGCUCUGUUUACAUUAAAAAAUGUAGGAGGACAAUUAGCAAUUGAACAAAUUACAAAAGCUUUUAGUGAUACUUCAGAACUAUUAAAACAUGAGUUAGCAUAUUGUUUGGGUCAAAUGCAAGAUACACGAGCUAUACCUGUUCUUGUACAAGUAUUGAAAGACAAAGAUCAAGAACCAAUGGUGCGUCAUGAAGCUGGAGAGGCAUUAGGAGCAAUUGGAGAAACUAGUGUUAUACCUGUAUUAGAAGAGUACAGUAAAGACCCAACCAUUGAAGUUGCUGAAACUUGUGAACUUGCUGUGAAAAGAUUACAGUGGAUUAAUGGAACAAAAAAUAGAGAACAAAAUCUAUCUGAAAAUCCUUAUGCCUCAGUCGAUCCAGCUCCUCCUGCUGAAACAAGAAAUGUGAAGGAACUUACAGAAGUACUUUUGGAUGAAAAGGCAUCUUUGUUUGAUAGGUAUAGAGCAAUGUUUUCAUUGAGGAAUUUGAGAACCGAAGAAAGUAUUCUUGCACUUGCAAAAGGUUUAAAGGCAGGCAGUGCAUUAUUUCGACAUGAAGUUGCAUUUGUACUUGGUCAACUACAAGAAGAAGUCAGUAUACCUCAUUUGAAAGAAUCUUUGGAAGAUCCACAUGAAAAUGAAAUGGUUCGGCAUGAGUGUGCUGAAGCUCUGGGUGCUAUUGCUACACCAUACUGUUUUGAUAUUUUAAAAAAAUAUUUGGAAGACGAAAAACGCGUCGUUCGUGAAAGCUGCGUUAUCGCUUUGGAUAUGUGUGAAUAUGAAAAUAAUUCUGAAUUUCAGUAUGCAAAUGGAUUAUCAGAAGUAAUUUCGUGAUGACCUUUCAUUUUCACGAUCAAUUUUUACGAAUGUAAGAUAAUAUUGUAACAGUUAUUUUUGUUUAAAAUCAUUAUUUAAGAUCA